CAAGGAGCCUCCAGACGUCCCCGCCCUCCUCCCUCCCGGACACCGGCCGAGCCCCACGCCAACAUGUGCCACACCAGCUGCUCCGCGGGCUGCCAGGCUUCCUGCGGCUCCUCCGGCCCCUGCCAGGCGUCCUGCUGUGUGCCCGUGAGCUGCAAGCCUGUGUGCGUGCCCGUGAGCUGCAGACUCGCCGUGUGCGUGCCCGUGAGCUGCAGGCCCGCGUGUGUGCCUUCCUGCCAGUCCUCCACAUGCGUGCCCGUGAGCUGCAGACCCACCGUGUGCGUGCCCGUGAGCUGCAGGCCCGCGUGUGUGCCCUCCUGCCAGUCCUCCGUGUGCGUGCCCGUGAGCUGCAGACCCACGUGUGUGCCCUCCUGCCGGCCCUCCUGCCCCACCCUGGUCUGCAGACCUGUGUGCUGUAGCUCCCCGUGCUGCUUCUGACCAGGGGUCUCCUAACACCUGCUCCGGCGGCAGAGGGGGCCCCACCCGUGCCCCUCCGGUGAGGACCAAGUCUUCGCCGGGCCUCCGGUUCUGCGCGUGGCAGCUCAAACAUUCCCGACGAAUCGUCUGAACCCUGGGGCGAGGACGGAGCAGGACGAGCCGCAUCCCCCUGUGACCCUGCGUGUCUCCGCCAGGGUCCUUCUCUGUCUCCGGCAGGGAACCCAGCCCGUGUGAGCCCAAUAAAUCGUGCCUUCCUGA